AUGGCAUCGAAACCAUUCCCUCCAGUGAACGGGAUGACCUCCUUUUGGCGCUCCUCACCCGGGUCACUUGACAACCACCGUUCCACAGAAACACUGCCUUCUGAAUGCGACAUCCUUAUCGUCGGAGCAGGGUUCUCAGGCGGCUCGCUUGUAACACACAUGUUGGCGCAGCCCGAGUCCAAGGAUAAGUCCAUUGUCGUCUUGGAGGCUCGCCAGCUUUGCUCUGGAGCAACAGGAAGAAACGGGGGCCAUAUGAAGCCCGAUGUGUACAACCUGUGUGGAAGCAUGACCAAGAAACAUGGAGUCGAAGCAGCAGCCGAAAUCGCUGAAUUUGAGCUUGCAAACAUGGAGGCAGUCAAGAAUUAUGUUCUAGAGAAUAAUGUGGAUUGCGACCUUAUUCUAACUCAAGCCGUCGAUGUACAACUGUCGAAAGAACAUGAUAGCGCUCUCAAGGCGGGCUUUGACAAACUAAAGGAUGCAGGCGUGAGCGCGACUAAAAAGGCGUUCUACAUAGAUGGGAGAUAUGCCGAACAGAUCUCGGGCGUUAAAGGCGCAAAGGGAGCCUUCAAGUAUACCACUGGUCAUCUCUGGCCCUACAAGCUCGUCCAUCACCUCUUCUCCCAGGCACUGAAGCACGAAAAUUUGAACCUCCAGACGAACACCCCUGUGACGGAGAUAUCAUCUUCUACUGAUGCAGAUGGAAGAUGGACUAUCACUACAGGCCGUGGUAACAUCAAAGCUCGGAAGGUCAUUAUGGCCACUAACGCUUACACGGCUGCUCUUCUGCCAGAGUACGAGGAAAAGAUCAUUCCCUACCGCGCUAUCUGCAGCCGAAUCGUUGCUCCGAAUCCGCCAAUGUUCGCAGACUCUUAUGUCAUCCGGUUCAGUGACAUGGACUUUGACUACAUGAUUCCUCGUCCUGAUGGGAGCAUUGUUGUUGGGGGUGCGAGGAAGGAUUACUUUAAGCAUACGGAAGACUGGUAUGGGAACGUAGAUGACACGAAGCUCAUUGAAAGGGCGAAGGAUUACUUUGAGGGGUAUAUGCAAAAGCAUUUUCGUGGGUGGGAGAAUAGCGGCGCGCACACUGCUCAGGUGUGGACGGGAAUAAUGGGCUACUCCUCAGAUGAACUUCCUCGUCUCGGUCGCGUUCCUGGCAGAGAAAAUAUGUUUAUCAUGGGCGGUUUUACUGGGCACGGAAUGCCCCAGAUCUUCUUAGCUGCCAAGGGCAUUAGCGGUAUGGUUCUUGAAGAUCUGACUUACUCCGAGACCGGACUGCCUAAGCUGUUUGGAGAAACGAAGGAGAGGCUAGAGAGCAAGGAGAACUUUGUGAGAGAUAUGAUUGAUAGGCAGCCACCGGUUGCAAAGAUAUAG